AUGGAUGAUUCCAAUGGGAGUGCAGCCAAUCCCAGCGGUGUUCAGGGUCAGGUGAUGCCCAUGGAGGAGUUGGGGUGUAGCUCAGGAUGGGGGGUGAAGGGGGAGCAGGGGAAGAGAGAGGACAGGCGGCUGGCGGGGGUGUGUGGUCUGGCUAACAGUGGUAACUCCUGCUACAUGAACGCUGUGCUGCAGUGUCUCUUCUCCACUGUGCCGUUGGUGGAACACCUUCUCAGCUCACACAAACGCUCCCAGCUGGCCAAGCGUAACAGUCCUGUAGCGGGGGUGUUUGUGCACCUCUUCCAGGAGGUGUGGCAGGGUCAGGGGGGUACCAGCUUCACCUCUCCAGGGGAGAUGAGGGCCUUGGUCUCCUCCCUGCACACCCAGUUCAACAACCAAUCACAGCAGGACGCCCAGGAGCUACUCCUCCUCCUGCUCAACGCCCUGCAUGAUGACCUCAAGAAUGUACACACGCACACACACACACACACACAUUCCUGCCACCACACGACUCCGUCCACACGACUCCUUCCACACGACUCCUUCCACACGACUCCUUCCACACGACUCCAUCCACACGACUCCUUCCACACGACUCCUUCCACACGACUCCUUCCACACGACUCCUUCCACACGACUCCUUCCACACGACUCCUUCCACACGACUCCUUCCACACGACUCCGCCCACGACUCCACCCACACGACUCCGCCCACACGACUCCUUCCACACGACUCCGUCCACACGACUCCGCCCACACGACUCCUUCCACACGUACAAUGUGUGUGUGUGUAUGAUUCCCUUGCUACAGAAGGGGGAGAGACGUCAGGCACGUUCUUCCCAGCGGUUGUGUCUGGGCAGGAAGUCGCUCAGCUCGGCGCCAGCGGCGGGGGAUUCUACGGUGGUGACACGUCUCUUCGAGGGACAACUCAGCUACCAGAUGCUGUGUCUGCGCUGUGAUGGACACUCUCACAGCAACCAAGUCUUCACCAUCCUGUCUCUGCCUAUACCACUGGACUCAUACAAGUGCUCCCUACAGGACUGCCUGUCACUGUUCUUCCAGCAGAGUACGUUGACGUGUGGAGAUCAGAAGUUGUGUCCAGAGUGUGGAGUGAAGAGAGACACAGCUGUCCUCACCAGCAUGGCCAAACCACCUGAGAUACUGGUGCUGCACCUCAAACGGUGGGAGGCUGACAACCCAUCUCUCCCUUUUGGUUGCCAUGGGAGUGAGAAGAGGAAGUUGAGGACCAAUGUGUUGUUCUCAUUGGACAGUUUAGACCUAACCCCCUUCCUGUCCAGACCCUCAGCCAAUCACACCAGCUACUCUCUCUACGCAGUGGUGGUGAGUUUCUGCACACACACACACACACACACACACACACACACACACACACACACACACACACACACACACACACACACAACACACACACACACACACACACCGAGGGGAGGACAGCUCAUUAUAAUGGCCGUAACGGAGCAGAUGGAACGGCUUCAAACUCAUGGAAACGUGUGUUUGAUUCCAUUCCACCAUUUUUACUCCAGCCAUUACCACGAGCCUGUCCUCCCCAAUCACGGAGCCACCAGCAGAGACAGACAUGCACCUACACCCUCCUGUGAUACACAUAUACAUGAUGCUCCUGUCUGGAACAACACAGUCAACCAUGAACACAUGACUCCACCGGUGUGUGUCUUCCCCCCCGUCCAGAACCACACAGGAGACCUGGACAUGGGUCACUACACGGCCCUGUGCCACAGUACCCUGUCUAGCAGCUGGCACCACUUCGAUGACACGGCCGUGAGCGAGGUAGUGGACUUCUUGGUGCAGUCUCCUAACGCCUACAUCCUGCUGUACAGCCGUCAACCCUUCCACAGGCCCAACAUACCCCAGAUCUGACCUACCACAGACCUAACAUACCCCAGAUCUGACCUACCACAGACCCAACAUACCCCAGAUCUGACCUACCACAGACCCAACAUACCCCAGAUCUGACCUACCACAGACCCAACAUACCCCAGAUCUGACCUACCACAGACCCAACAUACCCCAGAUCUGACCUACCACAGACCCAACAUACCCCAGAUCUGACCUACCACAGACCCAACAUACCCCAGAUCUGACCUACCACAGACCCAACAUACCCCAGAUCUGACCUACCACAGACCCAACAUACCCCAGAUCUGACCUACCACAGACCCAACAUACCCCAGAUCUGACCUACCACAGACCCAACAUACCCCAGAUCUGACCUACCACAGACCCAACAUACCCCAGAUCUGACCUACCACAGACCCAACAUACCCCAGAUCUGACCUACCACAGACCCAACAUACCCCAGAUCUGACCUACCAUCAGACCCACCAUACCCCAGAUCUGACCCACCACAGACCCAACAUACCCCAGAUCUGACCCACCAUACCCUGGAUCUGACCCACCACAGACCCACCAUACCCCGGAUCUGACCCACCACAGACCCAACAUACCCCGGAUCUGACCUACCACAGACCCA